ACACCAAGUCCUGGGAUGGCGAGCUCUGGUCACUUGGAGACAGUUGUGUCCUGUCCCAGGCAGACGGCAAGGAAUGGAACCUCCGCCACUACCUGCAAUGGAGCUACCCCAAAGGCAUUGGCCUUUUCCAUCGAGAGAAUCAUGGCCAAGAACUCCGAACCAAGGAGCCCUACUGAACAAAGGCAAAGCUUGGAGAAAGCAGAAGGCAGAAAGGUUGGGAAACUGUGCUCCCCUGUCCCUUGUAUGCUUCCUAUCCAACCAUUUCCUUAUGAUUUGCAAGCUAAAGCUCUGCUGAAUUACUCGGAGGUAUGGAAGUCUAAUCUGAGGGGCUCACUCUGUACUUCGGCGACUAUGUGUAAAUCUAACUGUGGGAUGUGCUACAAAACUGACUUAACUUUAGGUCCUUCAAUGAUGACUACUAACAGACUGAUCAAACCCCAAGUCAUCAACCAAACAGUCGCAAUGCCUGCGAACGGCUCUCUUUAUUAUUUCAACUACUUGGACACGACGUACCACCCUUCGGAGUUGCUUCAUAACCACCACAUUUUCCCAUCUCAUAUCCUCGGCUCUCAGCCCCCGGCCUCACUUUCUGCUCAUCAGAAACUACUUUUGUUGGAAAAUGCUAAAUUUGCCAGUCUGGCUGCGGAGAAAUAUCCAAGCCCACAAUUUCCUCACAAAGAACGCAUCCCGGGACAGCUGGACCAAGUGAUCAAAGAAAACAGCAGCUUUCCAGUCGAAAAGAAUGUAAUUAAAAACCACCAGAAGCUGAGCAAUACAUCGAGCGAUGGCAAACCCAAAAACUUUACCUGUGAAGUUUGUGGAAAGGUUUUUAAUGCACAUUAUAACCUAACACGUCAUAUGCCCGUUCACACCGGGGCCAGGCCGUUUGUCUGCAAAGUCUGUGGGAAAGGAUUUCGACAGGCUAGUACCCUGUGCAGGCAUAAAAUAAUCCACACACAGGAGAAACCCCAUAAAUGUAAUCAAUGCGGAAAAGCUUUUAACCGAAGCUCCACUCUAAACACUCACAUUCGGAUCCAUGCUGGCUACAAACCUUUUGUUUGCGAAUUCUGUGGGAAAGGAUUUCACCAAAAAGGAAACUACAAGAAUCACAAAUUGACACAUAGUGGAGAAAAACAGUUUAAAUGUAAUAUCUGCAACAAAGCAUUCCAUCAGGUCUAUAAUUUGACAUUUCACAUGCAUACUCACAACGAUAAAAAGCCCUUCACUUGCGGCACUUGUGGGAAAGGAUUUUGUAGGAACUUUGACUUGAAGAAGCAUAUAAGAAAAUUACACGAUGGUAACUCAGCCACACCUCCUGUCAACGAACGCUCAAGAGUGGGGAUAAGUUAG